GAUUUUGAAUAUAAAAAACUAUUAUUACCUUCAUUCUAGCAAUUAUUUAAAUAAAAAUGAAUUUUUAUAACAUAUUGUGCUUACUUACAACAAUUUUAAUGACGAAAGGAAUUAAUUACACUUUAUGUCAAUCAUGUGAUGAAAAAUGGAAAAAUUUUCAAACGGGCAUGGCUUCUUUUGACAUUGAAAUAGCAAAAGAUACCCUAUUGACAAAAAGUGGUUACAUAACUGAUAAUGCAGAACCUUUUACAAGUGUGUUUAAGCUAAAUGAAAAAUACAAUAAAAACAUAAAUGAUUUAUUCUUGAAAAGCGAGAAACUUUUACAUGGUACACAAAAAAUUCUUGAUGAUUAUUUUGGAAAGUAUACUAAUCAACCGAAACCAAAUACCACUAACAUAAAGGAGUUCUUAGAUGCGUCAACAGAAUGCAUACCAAGAGUAAUUCGAUGUCCAUAUGAGUCUUUGAAUAUAAAAUGUGACCCUUCCGAAAAAUAUCGUUCAUUCGAUGGAUCUUGCAACAAUUUAGGCAAACCAUAUCAAGGAGCGGCAUUUACUCAUUAUAGUCGCAUAGAUGAUUUUGUAACUUUUUAUGACGAUAAUAUAAGGGAAAUAAGAAAAUCUAUAACAGGUGAGAAUUUAAUAAGCCCUCGUAUUAUAACAAAUGAAAUUUUAUUGAAAACACAUAACACCAAACAAUGCUCAAAAGAAAUUCCGAAUAUGGGAUGGUUAUUAUUCGGGCAAGUAAUUACUCAUGAUAUUGCAGGAUCUAUAAAUAACGUUCAUGAGAAAACGGAAAGAACAAACGACCCUCCAAUAAGAUGUUGCACACAAGAUUAUAAAAAUAUCUUACCAAGCUCAAAAAUGCAUUCAAGUUGUUUACCUUUUUCAAUACCUAAUAAUGACCAAUACCAUGAAAAGACUUAUAUGGGCUGCCACAACUAUAUAAGAACGAAAACAACAUUAUCCAACAAUUGUCAAUUGGAACCUGCACAGCAAGUUACCAGAGUUUCACAUUAUCCAGAUCUUUCAGUAAUUUAUGGCAGCUCAGAAGUAAAAUCGGAGAAAUUACGAACGGGAGAACAUGGUAAACUUUUAACAAGUGAUGGAGAUUUAUUACCUAAAAGAAAUAAAUGCACUGGUGGCAAAUGCUAUUAUAGUGGAGAUUUUCGAGCCCUGCAAGUUCCACCGUUAGGUUUUCUACAUUUAAUUUUCGUUAGACUUCACAAUAUAAUUGCGGAAAAUUUGAAAAAUCAUAAGCCUAUGUGGAGUGAUGAAAAAAUAUUUCAAGAAGCACGGCGUCUAAACAUAGCUAUUUAUGAGAAUAUAAUCUACAUGGAAUAUUUGCCCAUUCUUCUAGGAGAAAAUAUAAAAAUUGAUACCGUAUAUAAUAGUUCUACAGACGGCUCAACCUCAAAUGAUUUUAAUACAGGAGCUUUUAGACAGCUUCAUUGGUUUACUCCGAAAGCUAUUGAGCUGUACAAAAACGGUUGUAAUAUCACGCAUAUUCGAAGAAAAACUAAUAAUAAAAAAUAUAUUUUCUUUGUAGAUGGAGUUUUAUCAAUACCAUACGGAAAAAUGAUUUUUGAUCCCACUGAUUAUUUCCAAGACAACCUUGAAGCAUUGCAACGAACAAUUACUGAACAACCAAUUAAUAUGGCAAAAAUUGAGGAGGAAAUCGCUAACAAGCUUUUUAAUCAAACUGAUUUAUUGUCAGUUGAUAUUCAAAGAGGACGGGAUCACGGAUUGGCGCCUUAUUGGAAAUACAGAGAAUUGUGUGGUUUUAAACCAAUUAAAUCAUUUGAAGAUUUAAGUCCAUUGAUUUCAGAAGAUGAUGUUUAUCAUUUGACCAAGAUGUAUAAAUCUCCUUAUGAUAUUGAUCUAUAUGUAGGGGGUGGCCUAGAGCAAAAGAAUUGUGACGAUAUAAUUGGUCCUACUAUGAAAUGUCUCACAAAACUACAGUUUGAACGUUUCAAAAAUGGAGAUCGUUUUUUUUAUACAAAUAAUAAUCUCUCACAUAGUUUACCAAAAAACUUAAUUGAAGCAAUAAAAAAAGUAACGUUUUCAUCAGUCCUUUGUUCAACCACAAAUAUGGCAUUUAUAUCAAAAAAUUCGUUUCUUGUACCAAGCCCAACAAAUGAAAUGCUUCCGUGCUCAAAAAUAAAUAUUCCAGAUUUUAUAGAUGAGUUGACAAAAUAACUGUUUAAAAUUUUAUUUCGAUAAAAAUUGAUAAGGAAUGAUAGUUUAUGUACAUACAAUAUUCAAAUUAUGUUAUUGAAAAUUGUAUUAUA